AGCACUUGACUUGUCUCCAGUGUGUGAACUGCAGGAGACAGAAUUUGAAACCAAUCUCCAGCACAAACCUAAAAGCCAAUUCAUUCACCUCAGUUUCGGAGUGCCUUCACUGACAUUCAUCUCUGGAGAAAAAAAAUCUACAAGUUUUGCAGGGCAACUAGCAAAGGAUAUGGCUGGUUGUCCGCAAAGGAUGGGACCGUGCAUAGCAGGAGGCUGGCUCUUUGUGCUCAUUGCACUUGGCAGCUCCUUCUCCCAUGUAACUGCUCAAAACUUUGAACCUGCUUUCUUUCUUCAGCAAAGAACAGGACCUAAUGCUGACUCCAUUGUGGUUGCUAACAAUGGGCUCAGAGUGCCCUUUGGGCGAGCUGUCUUUCUGGACCCCAUCAAUGACCUGGUGACAGAGGUGCAGCCUGGCGACCGCUGCCACAUCACAGUGCUGGACAACGACCCGCUGGCCCAGAGACCUGGCACACUGACCCCCAAGAAGUUUCCCUGUGCAUUCGGAGCAGAGGAGGUGAAGUAUACCCACUUUGGGUCGCGUAGCCCCAGCAAGGACAGAGUGAAGAUGCAACUGAGGUAUGAUUCACCAACAGACACCAUUGUCAUUCCCUUCAUGCUGGAAGUGGAAGUAGUUUUCCAGCAGCUGGAGAUCCUAACACGCAACAUGCCUCUUAUUGUGGACAAGCUAAACGGCAUCAGCAAUCCCAUAGACAAAAAGGGCUUGGAGUUUUCCUAUGACAGCAGUGUUUCAUCCUGCAAGGUCACCACUCUCGUUGGUGCCCGUGGCCUCCCCAGGUAUGGCACACUUUUGAAUUAUACCUCCAAUGGGCAAAUGAUUGACUGUGAUGCUUUUGUUGAGCUAGGCAUUCGCUACAAGCACACCUCCACUACUAAUUCACCCAACAGAGACUAUAUCCCAAUGAUGGUGGAGCUUCUAGACAAGGAGGGUAACACAUUACAGCACGAGCAUUUCCAGAUCAUGGUUAGAAUAAAAGAGGGGACUGAAAACACACCACCCAAACCAAGCUUUGUGGCUAUGAUGAUGAUGGAGAUUGAUCAAUUUGUGAUGACAGCCAUUACUAGUGAUAUGUUAGCUGCUGAGGAUGUUGAAUCUGAUCUGGAUGAUUUAAUUUUUAACAUCACUACACCCCUGGGUUAUCAGCAAGGGUAUAUAAUUAGUACUGAUGAUCAAAACCUGCCCAUUACAUCUUUCUAUCAAAGAGAUAUUAAAGACUUGAAAAUAGCAUAUAAACCUCCAUCUGAAGAUUCAGACGUAGAGAGAAUUUUCCAGAUUGAGUUUGAAAUUGUGGACACGGAAGGCGCAGUCUCUGACACAUUUGCCUUCAUGAUUGUGGUGAAGCCCAUGAACACCUUAGCUCCAGUUGCCACUAAGAACACAGGUCAGCUGUUAUUCGAAGGACAGUCAAGAUCCCUUUCCAGUGCUCAAAACUUGGAAAUCAGUGAUGAGGAUAAUCUUGACGAUGUGAAAAUCACAGUUGUCGAUGGCUUGAAACAUGGAGAAUUAACAGUGCUGGGUUCCCGACAUAAAUUCUUCACACCUGCAGACCUGGAUGCUGGUGUGGUGGUGUAUCAACAUGAUGGCAGUGACACUUAUAGUGACAACAUUAUCUUUAGAAUGACUGAUGGCAGUCAUCAGGUGGAAUUUUUAUUCCCCAUCACCAUUGUGCCAACUGAUGACGAGCCACCAAUCAUUAAUGCCAACACCGGCUUGGUGCUCUUCAAGAACGCGGUCAUGCAAAUUUCUCCUUUCAUUCUGAGCGCUACUGAUAUUGAUUCUGAAGACUCAACCAUUAAGUUCAUACUGGAAGCCCCCUACUCCACACUUGGGGAGCUACUGCUCAGGCAAGUAGAGCCCCCAGAAGACCAGUCUGCCUGGAAAUUCAGUGCGACGGAUGAAAUGUUUGAGCAGGUGGUGACAGAGUGGUCCCAGCAGGACAUUCUUGAUGGCAAGCUCUUCUAUCGUCACACUGGGCCACACAGCACCACUACAGUCACAGAUCAGUUUGUAUUCCGUGUUCAGGAUGACAAUGAUCCCCCAAAUCAAUCUGGAGAACAUACAUUCACAAUUAAAAUUCAUCCCGUUGAUGAUCUGCCACCUGAGCUUUACCCUGAUACCACAUUGUAUAUGACAGUGAAAGAGUAUGAGUUGACCCACUUUAAAAAAAAGUUUUUGCGGUACACUGACUUGGACUCGGAUGACCGAGACUUGAAAUACAUUAUUACCAAGCCUCCAACAGAUACAGAUGAAAACAAUCCUGCCCUGCUUGGUGAUAUUGUCCUGACUGAGAGUCCUGUUACUGUCAUCACAGAGUUCACGCAGGCUCAGGUCAAUCACCAUAAAGUGGCAUAUAAACCCCCAGAUCAAGAGCUUGGAAUUACUCCAAAAGUUGUCCAGUUCAGCUUUAUUGUGAAGGAUACUGCUGACAAUUCUGUAGAUGGCCUCUUCACUGUUUUCUUAGAGCCUGUUAAUAACAAACCUCCAACUAUCACCAACACUGGUUUCACUGUGCUAGAAAGAAGCACAUAUAUAAUAUCAAAGGCUGAACUUGAUGCAACUGACCAAGACACAGAUGAUGAUGAAAUUACAUUUACUGUGACACAGAUUCCCCGCUUUGGACAGCUGCAGUACCUAGAGACUGACAUGUCCGUUGGAGAGACAUUUGCUCUAGAAGACAUUGAGAGUGGACGACUUGCCUACAUCCACAGUGGAGAGGAAUCACUCGGCGACACUAUAAAAUUGGAUGUAAGUGAUGGUUUUCAUGAGGUGCCUAUCAUCAUCAAAAUCACCGUUAAACCUGUUGAUGAUGAGAUGCCCACAAUCUUGCUCCCAGCUGGUCUGCUCGGUGCCUCUAUUGAUGUGCUAGAAAAUGGAGCCACUGAGAUCACUAGCAAUGUGAUCCAAGGCAGGGAUGAAGACACUGAUGACCUCAGGCUAACUUUCAUUGUAGAGGAACCUCCAAAGUUGGGGGAAAUUAUGGUGAAUGGUAUUCCUGCUGAGAGGUUCACGCAGCAGAACAUAAUCAAUGGGGAUGUUGUGUAUGCUCACACAAGUGGGGAAAUCGGCCCUGUCAAACAACACGAUUCCUUUAAUCUCACUAUCUCUGACAUGUCUGAUGAAUGGGUUGUUGGCGGCAACAAAAUCCAAGGUGUCCAGGUACAUGUUACCAUUCUACCUGUAGACAGUCAGUCUCCUAUAGUCAGUGUAGGGCAGCAAUUCACUGUAGUGGAAGGAGAAAAGAAUGUCAUCACUUUAGAGAACAUUCAAGCAGAAGAUGUAGACACUGACAAGGAUGAUAUCCUAUGUACCAUAAUUGUCCAGUCCACGUCUGGCUAUGUCGAGAACAUAUCACCAGCUCCAGGUUCUGAAAAGUCAAGAGCAGGGACAGCUAUUACUGCAUUCAGCAUCAAAGACAUAAGUCUCAACCACAUAUACUAUGUUCAGAGUAUUCACAAAGGCGUGGAGCCUGUGGAGGACAGGCUGACUUUCCGCUGCUCUGAUGGAAUCAAUUUCUCUCAGCGACAUUUUUUCCCCAUUGUAAUCAUUCCAGCUAAUGAUGAAAAGCCAGAAAUAUUUAUUCGUGAGUUUGUUGUGAUGGAGGGUAUGAGCCUAGUGAUAGAUACCCCCAUCCUGAAUGCAGCAGAUGCAGAUAUCCCAGGGGAUGAUCUUGAGUUUGAAAUCAUUACAAAUCCCAAAAAUGGGAAAAUUGUUCAGCAGUUAAGUACUGGUACUGUUCCAGUCACCAAAUUCUCCAUUGAACAGAUCAAAGAAGCAUCUAACAUUGUCUAUGAACAUGAUGACUCUGAAACUAAAGAAGACAGCUUUGAGAUAAGGCUAACUGAUGGGAAGCAUACUGUUGAAAAAAAGGUUCUCAUCAUGGUGAUACCUGUGGAUGAUGAAACACCAAGAAUGACAAUCAAUGAUGGACUUGAAGUUGAAAUUGGAGAAAUAAAAACAAUCACCAACAGAGUACUGAAAGCAACAGAUCUGGAUUCUGAAGACAAAGAUCUGACCUACAUUGUGCGCUACGGUCCAAGCCAAGGUUAUCUUCAGCGUAUUAACAAAUUUGGAAAUGUGGUCGGAAACAUAACAAUUGAAAUGAACUUCACUCAAGAUGAAAUUGACAAGGAGUUGAUUCAGUAUGUGCACACAGGGCAGGAAGGUAUUCGUGACCUCUUAAAGAUUGAUGUUACAGAUGGAAUCAAUUCCCUAAUUGACAGAUAUUUCUACAUCAGCAUCAGAAGCAUUGAUAUGGUCUUCCCAGAUGUUAUAAAUAAAGGAGUGACACUGAAGGAAGGGGGUAAAGUAACACUUACAACAGACCUACUGAGUACAACAGACAUCAAUAGCCCUGAUGAGCAUCUGACCUUCAGUAUUACCCGUGCUCCCAGUCGUGGACACCUGGAGAACACAGACCUUCCUGGUGUGCCAAUUUCCACCUUUACCCAGCUACAGCUUGCCGGCAACAAGAUUUACUACAUCCACACCUCUGACGACGAAGUAAAGAUGGACAGUUUUGAGUUUGAGGUUACCGAUGGGUACAACCCUGUCUUCCGCACGUUUCGUGUGUCUAUCACAGACGUCGACAACAAAAAGCCGGUGCUGACCAUUCAUAAACUGGUGGUGGGUGAGGGAGAGGCUAAGCUGAUCACACCCUUUGAGCUAACCGUGGAGGACCGGGACACACCUGAUAAUCUUCUACGGUUCAUUGUCACCCAGGUACCAGUCCAUGGGCAGCUGCUCUACAAUGGCACCCGUGCUGUCACCAGUUUCACCAAGCAGGAUUUGAAUGAAAAUCUAAUAACCUACAAGCAUGAUGGCACCGAAACCAGUGAAGACAGCUUCUCCUUCACAGUGACAGAUGGCACACACACAGAGUUCUAUGUCUUCCCUGACACAGUCUUUGAAACCCGCAAGCCCCAGAUGAUGAACAUUCAGAUAAACACAGUCGACAAUGGUGUUCCACAGAUUGUGGUGAACAAAGCAGCUCCCAGUCUCAGGGUUCUGCACACUGGCCAUCUGGGCUUCCUCAUUACAAGCAAAGCACUGAAAUCAGAGGAUCGAGACAGCCCACACAAAGUUCUCAAGUACUCCAUAGAUGAGGCCCCUCAGCAUGGCUUCAUUAUCAACACAGCACUUGGGAAUGACAGCAUCAGGACAUUUACUCAAGCUGAUAUUGAUGAUAUGAAGAUCUGCUAUGUGCUGCUGGAUGGGGACAAUGCCACAAGUGAUAUCUUCUACUUCACUGUUGAAGAUAACGGUGGCAACAAACUAAAACCACAGCCAUUCCGGCUCAACUGGGCUUGGAUUUCAUUGGAAAAAGAGUAUUACCUGGUGGAUGAGGAUGCAAAGUUCCUGGAAGUGACUCUCAAACGCAGAGGAUACCUGGGGGAGACAUCUUUUGUCAGUAUUAGCACAAAGGAUGGAACUGCAGAAAAAGACAAGGACUUCAGAGGGAAGGCCCAGAAGCAAGUGCAGUUCAACCCUGGUCAGACAACGGCCACUUGGCGGGUGAAGAUCUUCACAGAUCAUGAGUUUGAGACAUCAGAAACCUUCCAGAUCCUGCUGUCUGAGCCAGUGAUGGCUGUGUUGGAGUUUCCCUCCUCUGCUACAGUGGAGAUCAUUGACCCAGGAGAUGAGUCCACAGUCUUCAUUCCAGAGUCUCAGUACAAGAUUGAGGAGGACAUUGGGGAGCUGGUGAUCCCUGUGCACAGAUCUGGUGAUAUUAGUCAGGAGCUCAUGGUUGUCUGUUACACCCAGCAAGGCACUGCCACGGGCACCAUCCCUAGCACAGUGCUGUCCUACUCAGACUACAUCACCCGGCCUGAGGACCACACAAGUGUUCUGCGCUUUGAUAAGGGCGAGCGCGAAAAGCCGUGCCGUAUCAUUAUUAUCGAUGACUCGCUGUAUGAGGAAGAAGAGAGCUUCAAUGUGACUCUUAGCAUGCCCAUGGGUGGCCAGGUGGGACCGCUCUACCCCAGCACUCGUGUAGUCAUCCUGGCUGACAGUGAUGAUGAGCCCUCACUGUACUUUGGAGAACCAGAGUACAUGGUGGACGAGAGCGCUGGCUAUGUGGAGGUGCGCGUGUGGAGGACGGGUACGGACCUCUCCAAGACCGCCACAGUCACCGUGCGCUCCAGGAAGACCGAGCCCCUCUCUGCUGAAGCUGGUGUUGACUAUGUGGGCAUCAGCAGGAACCUAGACUUUGCUCCUGGCGUAACCAUGCAGACACUGCGUGUGACUAUCCUGGAUGAUCUGGGCCAGCCCGUGCUGGAAGGUCUUGAGAAGUUUGAGCUAGUGUUGAGGAUGCCCAUGAACUCGGUUCUAGGAGAGCCCAGCAAGACCUCCAUCACCAUCAACGACUCUGUCUCCGAUUUGCCCAAGAUGCAGUUCAGAGAGGCAGUCUACCACGUAGAUGAGGCAGAUGGGCAGGUCCGCGCCAUGGUGUACCGCAGUGGAGACAUCAGCCACCGCUCCACCAUCAGGUGCUACACGCGCCAGGGCUCAGCGCAGGUCAUGAUGGAUUACGACGAGCGUCCCAACACUGACAGCUCCAUUGUCACUUUCCUCCCAGGGGAGAGUGAGAAGCCAUGUGUGGUCACCUUGGUCGAUGACUCAGUAUACGAGGAGGAGGAGGAGUUUCGCCUGGUGCUCGGGACACCUCAGAGCCAGACACCAUUCGGUGCAGCGCUGGGGGAGCAAAAGGAGGCAGAGGUCAAGAUAACAGAUGAGAAAGACAAGCCCAUCAUCAGGUUCUCGGAGAUCAAGUACAGUGUCAGAGAGCCACAGGUGCUAGGCCAGGUGGCAGUGGUAAAGAUUCCCAUCCUUCGCCUUGGAGACACUUCCAAGGUGUCCGUGGUGAGGGUCCACACCAAGGAUGGCUCGGCCACAUCCGGAGAGGACUACGAUCCAUUGUCCCAGGAUGUGGAGUUCAAGGAGGGUGAGAAGGAGCACUUUGUGGAAGUGCAAGUGUUGUAUGAUGGCCAGAGGGAGAUGAGGGAGGCAUUCACCGUGCACAUGAAACCGGACGAGUACAUGGUGGCAGAGACCCAGAUGAGCAAGGCGAUCGUGUACAUUGAGGAGAUGGACAGCGUGGCGGACGUCACCUUCCCCGCCGUGCCCCAGGUUGUGUCCUUGCUGAUGUAUGACGACACCGCUCGAGCCAAGGACAGCCCCCACCCUCCCAACGGCUACCCCAUCGUCUGUGUGACGGCCUGCAACCCUAAGUAUUUUGACUUUGACAAGACGGGCUCCAUUUGCUCAGCGGAGAACAUCAAUGACACGCUGACGCAGUAUCGCUGGUUGGUGAGCGCGCCCAGCGGCCCAGAUGGCGUCACAAGCCCUAUGCGGGAGGUGGACACCAACACCUUCUUCACCAACACAAAGUCCAUUACGCUGGACUCCAUCUACUUCCAGGCCGGCUCACGGGUCCAGUGCGCUGCCCGUGCCUAUAACGCAAAUGGGGAAGCUGGGCUGGAGCUCAGCAGUCCCAUCACGGUCAUCAGCACGGAGGAAGGUCUCUGCCAACCUCGAGUCCCAGGAACUGUGGGAGCAGAGCCCUUCUCGGCCAAAAUCCGCUACACAGGACCCGAUGACCCCGACUUCCCCAACCUUAUCAAGCUGACGGUUACUAUGCCCCACAUUGAUGGCAUGUUACCGGUCAUCUCCACACGACCCAUGUCCAACUUUGAGCUGACGCUAAGCCCUGAUGGCACUCGCGUUGGAAACCACCGCUGCUCCAACCUGCUGGACUACAAUGAGAUCCAGACCAGGCAUGGCUUCAUCACGGAUGCCACUAAGAACCCGGAGAUCAUUGGGGAGACCUCUCCUUACCAGUACAGCGUCGCACUGCGUACUGCCAACUCACUGCGCUUUUACCGUAACCUUCACCUGGAGGCCUGUCUGUGGGAGUUCCACAGCUACUACGACAUGUCUGAGCUGCUGAAUGACUGCGGGGGGUCCAUCGGCACCGACGGACAGGUCCUGAACCUGGUGCAGUCCUACGUCACCCUGCGUGUGCCCCUUUUUGUCUCCUACGUGUUCCACUCUCCCGUGGCAGUGGGUGGCUGGCAGCACUUUGACCUACAGUCUGAGCUGCGGCUGACCUUUGUCUACGACACUGCCAUCUUGUGGCAGGAUGGCAUAGGCAGCCCCCCAGAGGCUGAGCUGCAAGGAGCCAUGUAUCCCACCAGUAUGAGGAUCAAUGAGGAGGGUCGCCUGGUGGUCAACUUCAAGACAGAGGCGCGUUUCCGGGGCCAGUUUGUCAUGUCCCACCCAGUACUUAUGUUCAUACCUGGUUCAGGAACAUCCUUGUCAUCCAUGGUGAUGUCAGCAGACCACCCAGGCCUCACAUUCACACUGUCGCUGGUCAGGACUGAGCCCACCUACAACCAGCCCAUGCAGCAGUGGAGCUUCGUGUCUGAUUUUGCUGUGAGAGACUACUCUGGAACUUACACUGUCAAGCUCAUCCCGUGCAGUGCCUCACCUACCAAGGAGUUCAGCAUCCCCCCUGUGUGCCACCCGAGAGAACCCCUCACCUUCGACAUGGACAUCCGCUUCCAGCAGGUCAGUGACCCCGUGGCUGCAGAGUUCACCCUCAACACUCAGAUGUUUCUACUUUCCAAAUGGGAACUGUGGCUUUCUGAUGGAUCCAUGGGCUUUGGAGAGGGUGCUGAUGUGGCCUUUGCAGAAGGGUCUCAGAUCUAUGGGCGUGUGAUGGUGGAUCCUGUGCAGAACCUUGGCGACUCCUUUGCGUGCAGCAUCGAAAAGGUCUUCCUUUGCACAGGCACAGAUGGUUACGUCCCCAAGUACAACCCCACUAACAAGGAGUAUGGCUGCCUGGCUGAUGCCUCCUCCCUGCUCUACAGAUUCAAAAUCCUGGACAAAGCACAGCCGGAGACGCAGGCCACUGUUUUUGGAAACAUCCGGUUCGAUGCCUCCCUCGCUGUUGACACCCCGGGGGCCCUAACCCUGGUCAGACAGCCAGGCUCUGAUGGCUUCACCCUGUCAUCGUCCCCACUGUUCCAGGUGGCAGCAGGGAGAGAAUGGUACAUACACACCAUCUACACGGUACGCUCCAAGGAGAAUUCCAACCGCAACCUGGGAAAAAGGAGCCUGGAGUACCAUCACAGCAUAUCCACGGCCCCUCGCACAGAAGGUCGCAGCCGGCGGGCCGCCCCUGAGGUGGUGCAAGAGAUUGGCCUCGAAAACAGCCGAGGCACCAACAUCCAGCACAUUGCCCUGGACCGCUCUGGCAGGCUGCAGGUGAACCAGCAUGAGCCUUGGCUCCAUGGAAUUCUCUCAGAGCGCCCUCUUCUGGAGAGCUCUGGCAGGGAGCCCACUGAUGUGGUAGCACUGCCAAUGGCAGUUGGCCUGGCAGGGCUCAUUCUCUUCCUCUGCCUUGCUAUCCUGGCCACCGUCCUCCUGCUGAGGCGCAGGAAGCGUCGUGGUUCCGGAAAGAAACUCCCGCCAUUCACCACCUCCUCCUGCUCUGCCUACCAGGGCAGCAGUAGCAGCAGAGAAACCAUGAGCACCAGAAACAGCUCAGACAGCUCUGAGGUCUGAGCUCCCUAGCCCUAGCCCCAGCCCCAGCCCUUCCCACCCCUCUCCCCACAGGCUGAAUGUUCGGAAAGUACUGACCACUCUGAUGCCUUUUGCCAUAUUAUUGAAGACAUACUCUCCAUCAUGAUAGAAUAUUUGCAUACCGCAGUACAUGCUGGACAAAGGGAGUUGUGAGCUGGUACUUGACCAGUGUCAUCAAUGCAUCAGUGGAAGCUUUU